AUGCAUGAAUGUGCAAUGACGUGUUUAUAUAGAUUCCAGAGACAAACGUUCUGGCUCGAACCCAAAUUUGGUCCCCUUCGCUUUGAGGAUAUGCCCCGGGACUGGAAGUUGAAGUCACCUUUGGAGCCGACAAGGAGAUCAGAACCAUAUCCUCGCGUUCCUCCAAGCUUGCUGGUUGAGUCGCAGAUCGACUUGGAGGAUUCACAACCCCAGGACACUUUUGGGACUCCAGGACCGCAAUCCCCAAAACAAUCACCAGGAACUUCGAAAACAAAGGCUGAUACUCCUGAUCUCUUUGAGCGUGAUCCCCAAGUGACUGCUCACGGUGCUUUGUUGGAGGUAUGGUCCCGAUUGGACAACUUGGAGAAGCUGAAAACCGGAGAGGGGGCUGUGGGUAGGACCAAGCAGCUCACCAUCAAGGAAGCCAUCAAGCUGCUAUCUCACGGUGGACAGAAGCCACCUGCAAGGCCAUGCUUGGGUUUGAGGAACCCUUCACAAUCCUUCAAGCCCUGUCAGGGUGAUCAAGCCGUCCCUGAAGAAGACCAUCCUUUAGGACCAGCCAGUGUACCAGCUUCCUUUGACUGGGCCAGGCAGUUUCUUUUGAGGCUGUUUCGGGUAUUUGGCAAACGUGCAGUGCUUGCUAAACUCGCCACAUGGAAGUGGCAAGCUGCAACUGCCUUGCUGAGCAUCGAGCACAUGGUCGACAAGGAGAAUCGCCUACAAGGUACUCCCUUGCGUGGCCGUCAUGUGAACAUGAUGUUCCAGGUUGAAUGGGAGCCAGCAUGCCAAAAGGUGCUUGCCAGACCACGAGUUAUCUUGGCUGGCCCGCCUUGCACCUCAUACAGCAACAUGGGCAAAGGCCUCAAGAAGGAUGACCCUGUCUUCAAGUGCCACGAGAAGUUUUACUCCGUGGCCGAAGACGCUGACAUACUGAACUUUGACCCCAUGAAGGAUCAGCACCCCUUGACGUGGCUGUUGGACAACACGUCUGACUCCACCUACCAGCCUUUACAUGACUGGAUUGCGCAUCUCCUUACCGGGACUGCCAGUGUUCGAAGACCAGAAGAAGUCCGUAUGCCCGAUGCUUCUAUGAAGACGCCCUUCAACAUCCCUUUGCUUAGUUUCCGCUUCCGGGCACCGCCCGAUGGACUUCCAGUCUAUGAGGACUUUGUGGGGAAUGCAAUGUCCAUUUGGAGCUUGGGGUAUGAAGCCUGGAGAGAGCCCAUCGAGAUGAAACCUCUCCGAAGGGAUGGUUUAGGAGCAUUGCUGGGGUUUGGAUCGGUAGAGGCCAGCAAAGGAAUUGGCCGAAUUGGGGUGUUGCUUUUCUCUGUGUGCUACACAUACACGGAGCUCUCCAAGUCCAUGACUGAUGAGGAUUACGCCGACUUCAAGAGGUGGCUGAUCACUGCAAUGGAGGUUGCCUCCGUGUUCAUACAGCAGGACCACGAGCAGGACUAUGUGUGGCGACGUGUCCAGAACUCUAUGGUGCAAUCGGAGAAACAAAGGAAAUCUUUGAUCCAGAUGACCCUCCUCUUUCAUCAGCGAGCAGGCCAGCUGCAAAAGGACUCGCCAGAUAUUGAGUACAGAAACUGCUUUAUCAUGGCAGUUGAUGAGUACAACGCGUAUGGGCUCAACGGAGCAACUGGCAAAUAUCGGAUAGAAAAGACCGUGGCCGCAGCCAUGUAUGGAUUCAAGGUGAUCGAGAAGCACCUUCAUGUGAACAAGUGGGAGCAAUCAGCCUUCAACCAGCAGAUGCUCUUGAACGCUCGCUGGCUGCUUGAAGGGAUUCCAAAAGGUGCACAAGAGUAUGGGCGUUGGUCUGACUUGUUGACCAUGACAGAGCCCAAACAGAUCUUGUUUCUGGAACGAGUACUCUUUGUGUUCGACGUCACGAAGAGGAAGGCUGGAAAAGCACAGGUGCUCCGCAUGUCACAAGAGACAUGGAACCAAGAAUGCGACGUAGCUUGUCUUAUGGGAUCGGUCAUUGAGGAGAUGGAGAGGUUUCGUGACAGCAAGAACGUCCUGUGCUUCCCAGCGGAGACCAUCAAGACUGUGCGAAACCACUUCAUUGAAGGGGACUACUACGAGGAGUUGAAGAAUCAGGUAAGUAUGCUGGACCCGUACUUCAAGCUGGAUCACUUGGCAGUCUGGAAUGAGCAUCUUCCUCAGCUGAAGGAAGAUGAAUCAACUCUUGUGAAGGCUGAUGGAGCUUUAGACAAAAUGCAUAGCGACCACAACCGACUUCUCUUCGAUGCUGACAGCCUCGCGCUUGCGAGGGACGCCACCCAGCUUGCCGGCCUCUACAGGCAGCAGGCCCAAGGCGAGCGCGCCCAGCGCCUGGCGAAGGUGGCGCAUCUCAAGCAACAAAAUGCGAUUGGGGGUUCCAUCUGUACGAAGUUCAUGGAAGAGAGAUCCAAGCACAUCGCUGGCCCUCUGAGUGACUUGAAAGACGCGAUUGGCAAGUACACUUCGAAGCUGGCAGCUGAUGGAACACCUAUGAUUUGCUGGUUGGACUUCAUGAAGUACGGCCGUGUCACGAAUGUAGACCUCAACAACCUAGUGGGGUUUGUUGCGCAGGCCCUGUCUGCCUUGCCUGAACGAGCAGUUGGAUUUGCCAUCGCUCCGCACCUGACCAGUGAGCGACGGUCAGGGCUGACAUCAGAGCUGAGGAGGAUUGAAGAUAAGCUCGAGGCAAAGGGCAUGAAGACCGAGACUGUAUUUCUGAGGUGCGAGAAUGCACCAUCUACGAAAAAGGUCCAAUUGGUAUUUCCGGCAUGGUGCAUCUUCGUCCACGGGAGCGUGGAAACGAAUGUGUGGGGUCAAUCGCAACUACUCCAGAGCAGGUCGACCCACGGCUUGCUACGAUUCGCACCGGAGAGUCAGUAUGUGGUGCCAAGUUCGAAGGACUCAUUGCCGUCAGCUGCUGAGGGGACAAGGGCUCUCAGCCCCCUGCAAGAGAGCGCUCAACUCCUGACCGGCGAAUCCUUGCCUUGUACUGUGAUCGAAUCCCUCCUGGCAGAGUCUUCGGUUGGUGAGAAGCUUGGAGUUCUGAAUUUGAGCGCCUAUGAGGGAAGCUUGGAACUUGCCACCAUGAAGUGGCACCUUGACCACCCCGAUCGCACCAUUACCUCGCUUUCUGUCUCAACAGAUAUGGGUCUGACAGCCUACACUGAGAAGACAGUGGCGUUGGCCGUGAUGGAGGAUUGGAAGGCUGGAGGCGAAUUGCUACCUGCCGACACACGGCCUUAUGAUCCCCGACCUCCGCCAGCUGAGUCCAUCGACAUCGACAAGUGCUCAUUGAAAAUGGCAUCGAUCACUGUCGAUGAUAAGUUGAAAGGCUGGGCCCGUUUCAAGGUCCACUUGAGCAAUGAGGUGAGGGCCAAGCAUCUUUCCGACCCAUUGUUCGCUCCAAAAUGGCGAGAACUCAUCCUUGAUUUCGAUUCCAAGUUUUGCGGAAGUGGGGUCGAGCCAUCAUCUGCCAUCGUGCCUGCAGAAGACACCGCAGCGGAAUCAGGGCCAGCUCCAUGGACCUCGGGCCCGUCCAGUCUUGAAGAGUUGUUGGACCAGUUUCUGGUGGAGAACAAGUUCCCAGGAAAGUUGCCUGGGACGACAUUAUACUUGACCCCAGCUGCUGAUCGUUCAGGGAAGGUGGAGGAAUGCGUACCAGGGCAAAAGUGGAAACUCUUCAUGGCUUGCCAUGAGGACUUGGAGAUCGAUGAGAAGGAAUGGCUCAUUGCCCAUGGGAAGUCUACCUUUAUGAAAGCCGACCGAGCGGCCAAGCUAAUCCGCGAGAAUACGGCAGGAGGAGAUGCCCUGGCGACAACAAUUCCCUUCAAGGUUACAACAGACACCCCACACAUGAUUCUGGAAGUCCAGAGCGAAACAUCGAAGGCGACCAGUGAUUCAGAAUUGUGCCCCUUGAGGAAGUUAUUUCAGGAAAUGGAAGAUGAAGGUAUCGUUGAUACCUCCAUCAUGGGACAUUCCUGUGCCCGAGCAGGGACCCAAGAUCAGACUGCGGGAGAAGAUGACUUCUUCAUCGUGAAACCCAACAACGUCGUCCCAUUGUUCAGCUACACAUGGGUCAGCACUGGGCACAAGUUCUCAACAUGUGCUUCAGCCUUCCCUCGUGAGGUGCUCGAUGCAAGCCCUGUGCUAGUUCGGUAUUGGCGCAUGGCCUAUAUGAAGGCAGAUCAGGAGCUUAUGCCUCGUAAGCCACUAUACUUUCUUCGACGUUCCAUGAGCCUGAACGCGACUUCUUUUGUGAGGCUUCUGUAG